CUGGGGAAACGUCAAAUACCCGCCCCGGGGAGGUUCCGUUCGGUUCACAUUCACAGCCACCACUGCGCCUAAAGAUCAGUGGCAUUGACAUUUUGUAGUAACUGAGGAAAACCAAUAACUUGUCAUACGAAAAGAUGGCAGACCCAGCAACAGACAACGUGCUUAUAACAGAGACGGCUGAACUGUCUUCACGUUCUGUGCCAUCCUACUUUGACCCCUAUGAGCGCUCUGUAAAAUACAUGGAAAGUCAUCAAAUUCUUCAGAUCUUUCAGGAGAUUGCUGAGAACCUGGUUUUUGACAGGCCAGACGAUCCUCUUCAGUUCAUGUUAGAACAGGUACAAUUGAAGAUUCGAAACAGAGAAGAAUCCACCUGCAAACCAGAGAAAAUAGAGUAGGCUAGCAGCCUGUUCUACCAUGCACUGCAGAAGACACCUGCGUCAUUCAAUCAUGAGUAAAACGUAAUUCAUUGCUCACAGUGUCGUCUGAAUAUCUCCGGGGGGACUCCAAAUCACCAGCGAGCAUAGGCCAUUCACAGGAAUACACAUUGGCUAUGUUACACUAUAAACUGCCUCAGCAAUCUAUAGACCAAGUCUUAGUAAAAUGGCAAUGAUUGUGAAGUAGGCUAGCUAUCUUAUAGUCCAAAUGACAAUUUAGCAAGACCAGACAUACAAACAACCUUGUGAUACAAUUUUGAUAUCUCAAAUGCAGAAUAACUUCAUUGCAACAGAAGUAUACAAAACAAAUAUUAUUUUUGAUUUAGUAUCCCAGGCAGACUGUUCAAUGCUCAGCCAGUCACCAAAUAGGCUAUUCAGAUGAGCCACUAUAAUGAAGCAAUCUGUGUUUAGACGUUUUCAAGACAUUAAGUCAAAGUUUCAUAAAUUGUAUGUUAGAGUUCAUUAAAAAGCAUUAACAACAUGAAUCAAAACAAAAUUAUUGAUUCUCUUUUAAUCUUUUGAGAAUUAUUAUAAUAAUGUAUUGCUAUCAUCUGGGCACCUAGCCUUUCCCUCCCUCCCUUUCUAGCCUAUUUAAUCUCAGAAAAUAACCUAUAUGCUUAAUAUUACAAUUUUUCCCACUUUCUUCUUCCACUUUUUCAUUUUAGAAAAACGUACUGUACUCUGCCUGUGAAGGAAUGGCCACUACAGGCCCUUGUGCUAUCUGUCUGCCACAGCAACACAUCGACCUUGAAACUCCUGAUGCGUUUCAUUUCAUUUGAGUAAGCCCCUGUGGCACCACAGCGUUGUAAAUAAUGAGACUCUGGGGAAACAAUCAUUCUUCAGAAUUGAAAUUCAAAGUAAUUCUUCAGAAUUUGAAUUCUAUCUUCUUUAAGCCCAUCGCUGAUAAUAGAUAGGACCAUGGUAACUAGGUCUGUUAGCCAUCAUAGCAAGAGGACUGAAGAAAGUGCCAUGUUAUGUCACCAUGGAGACAGACCUAUACCAUGUGUAGUUCACAUAGUAAUAGAUCAAGCGAAGCACGCUAUCUGAUCUAUGUUUUUCAUGUUUCAAGAUGAUUCUCCAAUCAUUGUAAAGACCGCAAGCCAUGGCAGAUGGAGAAAACAGAAGAACAUAAUGCUAUGGUUAUAACGAGUGAUCAUCCAGUUAUGACACACCGUAUGCUGUGGAUAAACUUUAAACCAAGAACCUGGUCAUACUUUCACAUUUCAGAAUAGGCCUAGGCAUACUCAAUUCAUUUCAGAAUAGGCCUAGGCAUACUCAAUUCAUUUCAGAAUAGGCCUAGGCAUACUCAAUUCAUUUCAGAAUAGGCCUAGGCAUACUCAAUUCAUUUCAGAAUAGGCCUAAGCAUACUCAAUUGGCACUUGGCAGAACUGUUAUAAGUGAGCAGCCUACAUGAAAUUUAGCAACAAUGACAACACUUUUUGGACCAGUUUCCAAAUUUGGUUGUCCACUAAGUUUUGGUUUUGCGGAAAUACAGUCAUUAAAGUUGUGAACCGACUGUCUGUUCCAAGGUGGUAUCUUGGGUCACUUUUGUUUUGUUUGUCACUCAGGAUUGUCUUGCUUUUACAAUAAACACUCAAAACUAACCAAACAGGUUUCACAAUCUCACGUUACUUCGAAAGACCAGUCGUGGGGAGCGUUCAUUCUUUAUUUGGUUGUGGAUGUGUCUCACAGGUCACUCCGUUUACCGAGAGAAGAAACAUGACACCUGAUUUGGACACCAAGGACCGCUGCUUUAGGGCCUUGCUUAUCCAAGGCAAUUUGGUCAUUGCAUGCUGCGGGAUUGCCUUGAUGGCCAUGUGUAUCUUCUUCAUAUCGGAUCGAGCCGGAUUGUAUGUUUUGGUCUAUGCUACAGGAAAUGACAGCAUCUGGAGGGGAGCCUGGAUAGGCCUUUUCACUGGGUUUGCCCUUUUCUGCACAUCGAUCUUUGGAAUGCACGCCAUAGUUGUGUCCAAAAGAAAUAUCCUACUUGCUUACAUCCUCCUGAUGGUGAUCAUAUAUGCAUUUGAGGUGGCAUCGGCUAUUACUGCUGCAACACAUAAAGACUGGUUUGUUCCUGAACUCUUCCUGAAGCAAAUGCUACAGAACUACAACAAACCUCUACCAGAUAAUCUGCCCAGCACCCAGGACCAGAUCUAUGUAAUCAACGGGAUAACAGAAGCAUGGAACCGGUUCAUGACUGAGUCUAAGUGCUGUGGAGUGUACGGGCCAGAGGAUUGGGUGAAGUAUGAGUCCUACUUCAGGCAGCAGAACACAGAUGCUGAAUAUCCUUGGCCCAGACAAUGCUGUCAGCAGGAUGCUAUGGGAGCCAUCAGCCAUUUAGAAGCCUGCAAAAUUGGGGUUAGCCCUUUCCUGCAUGCACAGGGUUGUUAUGAUUACAUUGCUGGUCCUUUGAUUAGACACAGCUUUGGAGUCUCAUGGUUUGGAUUCGCCAUAUUGUGUUGGACAUUCUUUGUGAUACUGGGAGUCAUUUUCCACUACACUCAGUUGGAUAUCUGAGGAUGACCAACAAAGAAAGCUUCAAAUAAACAUCAGUUCAGACCUACGAGUAAAGAAGUAAUGCAAAUAUAACAAUUUUUUUGUUAUGAUCAACUAAUAACCUUACAAUUCAUUACAUUUUAAUGUCUCUAAUCAAAAUGAAAAGAACCAAUAAAUGUACUAAAUAAAAUUUUAUUUUUCAAAUGA